UAACACUAACACACACGUGUUGUCCCCUAGAGAUCUUUCAGUACUGAUCUCCUCUGCCUUUUGUGAAACAGACUCGACACUCUGAACUCUUGGAUAGGUUCUUAUUUUUUUUAAUUCUCGUUUUUAAUCACCUAGAAGUUGUGACACCAGCCAUUAGUGCAGUACAGCCCACUCUUCUUCUCCUUUUCUUUUUCAUGUCCCUGGAUCUUUUUCCUCUUCUGUUUGGAUCCUAAACUUUCUCAGUCUGGUUCUUUCUUGAUUCAGAGAGCUCUUCUUCCCCUCUCUUUUUCCCCGGUCUCCCAUCCCUUUUAGCUGUUCCUUUUUUCUGGCUAUGCACCAUGCUGUCCUCCCCUACUGUAAUUCUUCAGCCUUACGGACUCCCUGUCUACCCCCAGACAGCCUCCUGCUACCCCAGCAUUGUACAGGGUGCUGCUGUCCAAGAGGUGGGGCCAGGCAAUGGUGACCCUUCACUUCCUCAGGUCUAUGCCCCACCUCCUUCAUAUCCUCCACCUGGACAAGGCCCACCCACACCUGCUGCCCGGCUGCCACCCCUCGAUUUCAGCGCUGCUCAUCCAAACUCUGAAUAUGCAGAUCAUCAUCAGUUGAGAGUUUAUCAGGGCUCUCAGCAUGACGGGACGGAGUCUAUAACUACUAAUAACACGGACGAUUCUUUAGUGCCUGUGACAUCUGACCCACAGUCUCUCAGUGUUUCUGUGGCGUCUGGAAGUGGAACUGAGGAGGAAGAAGCUGGGAAGGCUCAACCCAAAAGGCUCCAUGUUUCCAAUAUCCCUUUUAGGUUUCGGGACCCAGACCUGAGGCAGAUGUUUGGGCAAUUUGGCAAGGUUCUAGACGUGGAGAUCAUCUUUAAUGAGAGAGGAUCAAAGGGGUUUGGAUUUGUGACAUUUGAGAGUGCAGUGGAAGCAGAUCGUGCGAGAGAGAAGCUCAACGGAACGAUUGUCGAGGGAAGGAAGAUUGAGGUGAACAACGCCACAGCGAGGGUGGUAACAAAAAAGCCUCAGACGCAAUUAGUGAACACUGCUGGGUGGAAAAUCAAUCCAGUAAUGGGAGCCAUGUACGCCCCUGAACUUUACACAGUUGCCAGCUUUCCUUAUCCUGUUCCCACACCGACCUUGGCCUACAGAGGCUCUGCCCUCCGUGGACGUGGUCGGGCAGUUUACAAUACAAUCCGCUCAGCUGCAGCCGCAGCCACACCAGCUGCAGUACCAGCCUAUCCAGGAGUGGUGUAUCAAGAUGGAUUGUAUAGUGCUGAGGUCUAUGGAGGAUAUCCAGCCACAUAUCGAGUGGCCCAGUCCACCUCAGCAGCUGCAGCAGCCACAUACAGUGAUGGAUAUGGAAGAGUCUAUACCACAGCAACAGACCCCUACCAUCACUCAGUGGGACCCACCACCACUUAUGGAGUUGGAACAAUGGCAAGUUUGUAUCGUGGAGGCUACAACCGCUUUACUCCGUACUGAAUGAAAACAGCUCUGUGACUCACGUCUGACAAAUGAAGAGACUUCAACUGCUAUCUGCUGAGGAACCAUUUGAUCUUGAGAUUGUAAAUACUGCUAAUAUUUAUUGGGGAAAAAGAUUAAUCUAGGCUGAAAAUAUAAUUAAUUAUAUUUAAGGACAUUUAUUUCAUUCUUAAUUUAAGAAAAUACCCCACCCCAAAAAAAGAAAAGUACAUACUUAUCAGACAGUGUCUAGCUGAUUGUGGUGCUGUUAUGUACAGUACAUACAGAUACUUUCAUAAUAGUGGUGUGAUAUGGAAGUUACCAUAAAGAAGUUAUCAAAAGAUAUCAUAUAGUUAUCGAGCCUCACAGGAAGAUGAUAGGCCUCACAAAGAGUCCCAAAACACUAAUUUUAUUACAAACUCUGGAAUUGUUGCACUGCUGAAUGAUGAUAAACAAUAGACAAAGAUAGAUACCUCUAGUGGAACUUCCCCUAGACUGAGAAAUAAAAAAAUCUGAACCUGUCUAGUAUGUAUAUAGGACUUGUCUGCGUGUUGGAGUGUCUUUGGAGUGUUCGAGUGUGUGUAAUUUUUCUGCUGUCACAAGCAAUACUGUGAGAUACAGCAAUGGCACUGAGGUGGGUGAUAUGUUCUCUCUCAAUGUAAUCUACCUCUGAGCUAAACAUCUCUUUAUUCUAAUGCAAACUAUUCAUCAGCUUUCUUAUGCAGCUAUUUCAAAAUCUUCAUAUUUUUUUUUUUUUACAAAAAAAUUUGGUACUUUCCUCUGAUUUUCUCCUGUCAUUUCCUGUUAAGUCAUGCUGUUCCGUAUUUGUGGUCCACUCGUCUUUUUUUCUUUCUGUUUUUCUAUCGUCAUUCAAAUGCUAUUUUUGCUUCAGUAAUGCUACUUCUGUAUUCUAAUUCUGUCUUUAUUCUUAUAUUUUGCCACUUAAAGUUCUUUCAUGCUUAUUUUAACUUGUGUGCUUUACCUCCCUUUACUGUUUGCUUUCAAAUUCUUAAUUUUUUCUUAACUAUAGGCUAUAUGUGCAUUCAUUUCUGCUUAAAGGAACACUCCACUAUUUUUGAAAAUAGGCGUGGGUGCA